ACAGAAUAACUUACUUGAUACAGCAGUUGGGCCGGAACAGCAAACAUGAGGGAAAUAGUACACAUACAAGCGGGGCAAUGCGGCAACCAGAUAGGAUCCAAGUUUUGGGAGGUCAUCUCCGACGAGCACGGGAUAGAUCCCGUGGGAAUGUACCAUGGUGACAUGGAUGUCCAGCUGGAGAGAAUCAACGUCUACUUCAGUGAAGCUUGUGGUGGCAAAUAUGUCCCUCGUGCUGUUCUGUUAGACUUGGAACCUGGCACCAUGGACUCGAUCCGCUCGGGGACAUUAGGGCAACUAUUCCGGCCUGACAACUUCGUGUUUGGCCAGUCAGGAGCCGGUAACAAUUGGGCCAAAGGUCACUACACAGAGGGUGCUGAAUUGGUGGAUUCGGUAUUGGACGUUAUUCGUCGGGAGUGUGAAACAUGUGACUGCUUACAAGGCUUUCAGUUGGCUCAUUCUUUGGGAGGAGGUACAGGUUCAGGAAUGGGCACUCUUCUGAUCAGUAAAAUCCGUGAGGAAUAUCCCGACAGGAUCAUGAACACAUUUUCGGUCAUGCCGUCGCCCAAGGUGUCAGACACAGUUGUAGAGCCUUACAAUGCUACACUAUCUGUUCACCAACUCGUGGAGAACACAGACGAAACAUUCUGUAUCGAUAAUGAGGCCCUCUACGAUAUUUGUUUCCGGACCUUAAAACUGACCACGCCAACUUAUGGGGAUUUAAACCAUCUGGUGUCCGCAACGAUGUCAGGACUAACGACAUGUCUUAGGUUUCCUGGGCAACUGAACGCCGACCUACGAAAACUUGCCGUCAACAUGGUGCCUUUCCCCCGUCUUCACUUCUUUAUGCCAGGUUUCGCCCCUCUCACAUCACGAGGAAGCCAACAGUAUAGAGCACUCUCUGUUCCUGAACUUACACAACAGAUGUUCGACGCAAAAAACAUGAUGGUAGCCUGUGAUCCUCGGCAUGGGCGCUACCUUACCGUGGCAGCCAUGUUUAGAGGGCGCAUGUCAAUGAAAGAGGUAGACGAACAGCUGUUGAAUAUCCAGACCAAAAACAGCAGUUACUUUGUCGAGUGGAUCCCUAACAACGUGAAGACAGCAGUGUGCGACGUUCCACCUCAUGGUCUGAAAAUGUCGGGCACCUUCAUCGGCAACACGACAGCCAUACAAGAGAUUUUCCAACGGAUUUCGGAACAAUUUACAGCCAUGUUCCGUCGUAAAGCUUUCCUUCAUUGGUAUACUGGUGAGGGUAUGGACGAAAUGGAGUUCACAGAGGCGGAAUCAAAUAUGAACGAUUUGGUGUCUGAGUAUCAGCAAUACCAAGAUGCCUCUGUUGACGAUGAAGAGGAAUAUGAUGAGGAGGAAGAUAUUGACGACGAGUGAAAUAUGCUUGAUACGAACAUUGUCUUUAUUAUACUAAUUAAUUCAUUUUGAUAUAAGAUCAUUAAAGACUGGUUAUCAACUAUGACAUUUUACAAUGACACUGCCUUGCUGGUGUGCGCCUUAAUGUUGUUUUCUUCUUUUACAUGUUAAAAUAUAAUGUCACAUCUAUUUAUAACAAUACCAUUUUUAAUUGUUCAAUAAUUGUUCUUGUUUCGGGUGAAACAUCUUACAAUAUAUUCAUUAAAAUUGUUCACUGUUAAUAUUGUGAAUUUUAUAAAUAUGUUGUUAAGAUAAAUAUUGAACGUUUA